UAUUACAGUUUGCUUAAAUUACUUUUUAUAUUAAACCGUGACGACGACGACGACGAAUUACAAACCACAUUACAAGACACAAAUUGCAUACAUAUCAAUCCGCUCUCUCUCUCUCUCUUUUUCUCGCUCUCUUAUAAUAUAUAUGUUAUAUCUAACUAACUCUUCUCUGCUCUGCACUUGCUGUAUCCACUAUACUCUUUAUUAUGUAUUAUCCCGUUUUCCAACUCCAAAACCUUAAUUAAAUAAUAAUAAAUCGGACGUGUGCUGGGGAACCAGCGGAGCUCUUCGUGGCGGGCUGGCUGCUCCUCACAGACACACCCACACCCACACACACAUACACACACACACACACUCUCUCUCUCUCUUUCCGUCUCUUCGCUCGUGUAUACACACACACCUUGUUUCUUUCCUUGUCAUACGUAACAGAUAGACUGGUGGCAUGUCAAAAAAUAGAAAGCGCAACACAUGGGCAUCAAGUGUAUCCGAUCAGGUCUUACUUUCCACACCAAUCCAUGAACAAAGUCGUCAAGAAGCUGUGUAUGCCCUGAUCCAUAACGAGCGUCACUAUCGCAACGAACUUGACACUCUUUAUACGCGCCUUGUUCAACCACUGUAUGAAUUCGACCGGGUCGAUCCACAAGAACGUGCAACCUUCAUCCAGUCCGUGUUCCAAAACCUUAAAGAUCUCAAACAAGCCAAUCAAAAACUUGUCCAUGCAUUAAGCGACCGGCAAAAAGAGUUCGAAUCGCUGAUCCCCACUGUGAGCGAUGUGUUUUCCGCCCACUUUCUACCCAUCUUGGACGAUUACCAAGUAUACUGCAGCAAUUUGCCCCGUGCCACCUAUCUAUUAACGACCCACCCGACAUUUCCUCCGCACCUUACACAACAAGAAUGGCCAUUGUUGAAGACACCGCUGCAGCAUCUGGAACGGUACCCGACCCUACUGAAACGCGUGAUUGUAACCACGACGGACGAUCAUCCUGACCAUGAAGUCUUGUCACUGUGUCUGGAUGCCAUUCAACUGUGUCUGGAGAAUCUCAACCAACAGCUGGAGACGAAAAAGGAGCUUUUGGAGAUUGAAAAGUGGGUCGGCAAUGCUUGGCGGUUGGAUGCGCCAGAGAGACGUAUCAUGUAUCGAUGCAAGGCACAAAGUGUUGUUGUGUCGUCAACGGCAACAUCAAGUAGUAGUAGUAGUAGUCAACAACAACAACAGCAGCAGCAAUUGGGUGAUAUCAUCGUGUUGGAUCAUGUGGUGCUGGUCUUAUUGCCACCCGUCUUGUUUAUUCCACUUCCUAUUGUUGUUUACAUCGUUCCAUCGCAUCAUCAUGAUACAACGACACCAGCGAUAGUAACGCUAGCGCAUCCACCGCGUGGGAUCACUUACCGAGUCCAGUUAGAUGCACCACAAAAACUGGUUGAAGCCAUUGCUGAUGCACAAAAGGAACUGAAGCAAAAGCAACCGCACUUGUUGUCUGAUCCGCCACUCGUAUCGUCAACCAUCGAGUCAUGGACUGCUGCUGUUCGAUUGCCAGACGGACGGUUAGCUGUCGGAUCACAUCAUGGCGUCACCCUGUACCCAUCACGUGAACGUAUCAUCGAAAUCGAUUGCUCCAAACUAGCAAUUCUUGCAAAGAACCACCACGACCACGAUAGCGGACCAUUUCUUGUUGUUGCCAGCCACCGUCGCCAACUCCUUUUGAUAUACAAACUCAACGAAACGAAUAACCGCAUGAUGCGGGACCAGCAGCCGUGGAUGAUUGAAAAUGUCUUGGACGGGUUCCAUGUCAUUGAUCAAUACAUUGUCUAUCAAGACCGGGCGGAUAUGCUUGUGCAUUUGUGGAAUCCGAGGAAACGGCGUUCUGUCAAGACCAUGGAUGUCCAGUCUGUACGAGUAUCUGGAUUUUCUAGUUUUAUUGAACAGGAACGACAUUGGCUGGUGAUGGCAUGUGACGCGGAUUUUGUGCUGGUGGAUAUUUCGGGCCAAGCCAUGCGUAGGCGGAUUUCUCUAAAGGACAGUGGUGGCGUCAACGGCGGCAGCAAGGCACUCUCUUUGGCAGUCAAUGGCGAGCGACUGUGCUAUAAUCGGGCGCUCUGGUGCAUUUGUUGUAUGAAGAAAGAUGCAAAUUAGUGGGUUCUUGCAACGGCAGUAGUAGUAAUGGUAGUUCUGAAGAGGAGAUCUUUCUGUAUAUUUAUAACGACAAGCGACAUCAUCUUGUCACAUUUGUAAAAAGUCAUAUACCAUCAUCAUCAUCAUCAUCAUCAU